AUGAAUGGUAUACAACCAACAACAACCUUUCAACUCCCAUGAGUCUGUCCGUGACUUAAUUAUGCAGAGAUGAAGAAGCAUAAUUAUGGUUAUGAUUUCUUUUUCUGAUAAAAAGUUUAAAAAUUCCACUACAUUACCAUUCAUCAUCCCCAAAUUCCAUACAACAAAUUAAUAAUAUAAACCUGACAUAAAGCUAAAUCAAAAAAAAAAAAAAAAAAAAAAAAAAAAAAAAAAGCUAGAAGAGAAAACGAAAGCACCAGAAUCUUUACUGCCACUCUCCCUUCUUUCUUCCCCUUUCCUCAUUAAAAAUUUGCAGACAAAAUACAGAACCUUCUUUUCUGUCAGUAAAACAAAAACAAGCAACCCAGAUUUACAAACCCCAAGUUUACUGAUUCAUUCAUUCAAUCCCCCACCAAAAUGAAGGCAACAAAAAAAAUCUUAUUUUUAUUAAUUAUUUCUUCACUAAUUUUAGAUCUUUCACAAAGUUAUACAGAGAUUGAGCUUCUGGGUAUGGAAAUUCACAGAAGAAUUCUACAUCAACCAUUGUUUCCGGCCACAACACCACCAGCAACCACCACAGAACCACCACCUUCAACAGCAGCACAAAUUCCAGACCCAUCAAAGCAACCAUUCUUUCCAGAAACCCCAAAUGGGACACAAACCACACCCCCAGAUCAAACCCCAACAACUAAUCCAACUACUCCAUCACCAUUAAAUGUAUCUCCACAGGUUCCAGUUGCAACUUCAGCAAAUCCAACUAAAAAAGUUGCAGUAGCAAUUUCAGUUGGGAUUGUAACAUUAGGUAUGUUAUCUGCUUUAGCAUUUUUUUUGUAUAAACAUAGGCAUAAACAUUCCACUGAAUCAUCAUCACAAAAACUUGUUGGAACAAGAAAUUCACAACAGCAACAGCAAGAAUCAAUGCCACCCACUUCUGAAUUCCUCUAUUUAGGUACAAUGGAACCAGCUUCGAAUCGAAGAGUCAGUAAUUCUAAUUCUUCUGAUACUAAUAAUUAUAGUAAUGGUUCACCAUAUCAUAAAUUGCAAUCACUUCGUAGAUCAGAAUUGAAUCAUCCAAGUCCUGAAUUACAACCAUUACCACCAUUGACUAGAAAUCCACUUGGUGGCGAUUCCUCGCCUCCGAAUAUAUCAUAUGAAGCUCCAUACAGAACAUCUCCUUCUGCAAUGUCAUCAGAAGAUACAUUUUAUAGUCCUCAGAAUGAAGCUGUUGGUGAGAGUCCUCCGAUUACUCGUGGGAUUUUCUUUGGUAGUUUUAAGUCUAGUGUUAUUAGUACUACUCCUCAUUCUAAGAGAUCGUCUCCGAAAUCCCGUCUUUCGAUUUCGUCUUCUCCUGAUGUGAAAUUGUCUGAGCUGAGACAAGCACCACCUCCACCUCCACCACCACCAAUACUACAACCUCCACGGAAUCAAGUUCCGAGAAGGAAUACAAAGUAUCAAUCUCCACCAGGGCCACCACCUAAUUUAAUGGUUCCUAAGGUUGUAAAUGAUACAAGUCCAAGAAAUUUGAGAAGUAGCUCGGUUCCACUGCCACCACGGCCACCACCGCCUCCACCACCCCUAGGAACUGCAAGAUCUUUAGAAGCAAAAGAUCCAACAGUACCUAGGACGCAGUUUGUGGCGCCUACGCCUAAGCUGGCAGUUCGAGCUGAUAUCCCAUCACCUGCCGUAGAGGAACAUAAUGAGGUAGAAGAUGGUGAUGGUGGUAGACCAAAGCUAAGGCCUUUGCAUUGGGAUAAAGUACGAGCGACUUCAGAUCGAGUGAUGGUGUGGGAUCAGUUGAAUUCUGGAUCAUUUCAAGUGAAUGAGGAUAUGAUAGAGACCCUUUUUGGGCAGAAUCAAGCUCCAACUGAAUCAAACCGAAGAUCAAGUUUUCCUCCUGUUCCAAAAGAAAACCAGGUGUUGGACCCAAAGAAGUCACAGAACAUAGCUAUACUUUUAAGGGCAUUGAAUGUUACACAAGAUGAAGUUUCUGAAGCACUUCUAGAUGGUAAUCCUGAAGGUUUGGGUACUGAGCUUUUAGAAACUUUGGUGAAAAUGGCCCCAACCAAAGAGGAAGAACUAAAGCUGAUAAACUACAAUGGUGACUUAUCAAAACUAGGUUCUGCAGAGAGAUUCCUGAAGGCCGUCUUGGAUAUACCGUUUGCCUUUAGAAGAGUUGACGCCAUGCUAUACAGAGCCAACUUUGAAGCAGAAAUAAACUACCUGAAAAAAUCUUAUGAAACCUUGGAGGCAGCAUGCGGAGAAUUGAGAAAUAGUCGGCUAUUCCUAAAACUUCUAGAAGCUGUUCUCCAAACAGGGAACCGAAUGAAUGUUGGCACAAAUAGAGGUGAUGCAAGAGCUUUUAAGCUUGAUACACUCCUAAAACUUGUAGAUAUAAAAGGAACCGAUGGAAAGACAACGCUGCUCCAUUUUGUUGUACAAGAGAUUAUUAGAUACGAAGGUGCCAGUGCUAAACGUGCUCAGGAAAAUCCUCCGAGUGAAACAAAGCCAGGAGUGAAAGAAGAUGACGUGAAGAAACAAGGUUUGCAGGUCGUCGCUGCAUUAAGUAGAGAACUUGGGAAUGUUAAGAAAGCAGCUGGAAUGGACUCUGAUGUCUUAAGCUGCUAUCUUUUGAAGCUUGAGAAGGGACUUGAGAAAGUUAAGUUGGCAUUGCAAAAUGAGAAUUCAAAAACCGAGGGGAAGUUUUUUGGGGAAAUGAAAUUGUUUCUUAGUGAAGCGAAGGAGGAAAUCCUUCGAGUUAAAGGUGAUGAGAAAAAAACUUUAUCCCAUGUAAAGGAGGUCACAGAAUAUUUUCAUGGAGAUACUGCAAAAGAGGAACCACAUCCGUUCAGAGUAUUCAUGAUUGUUAGAGAUUUUCUCUCUGUGUUGGAUCAUGUAUGCAAAGAAGUGGGAGAGCUACAAAACAGAACAAUGGUGGGAGCUUCUAGAUCGUUCCGAGUCCCUGCAAACACUUCUUUACCUGUUCUAAAUAGAUUCAACACAAGAGAACAGGGAAGCCCAGAUUGGGAUACGAUGUCUCCGUAAAACUGUGAAAACGAAGCACUUGAGUCUCAUCAGAAGCAAGAUCUCUGAUUUCAGUCUAUACAUAUUAUACAAGCAGAGGGGAGUACGACUCUUACUAAGCAGGCCAUGGCAGUCGAAGUCACAAGAAACAGGAAAAGGAAAAUCGUAGUUGUGGUUGUGGGUUCAGGAGCUGUCAUCAUGUGAAAUCGUGAACUCCCCACAGGAUUGAACAGUCACAGGCUGGCAGCUUCCGCUGAAGGCAAAUACAUACUGAUGAAGACACUGUAGAGGCAUUUUAUAGUUCUCAGAGUCGAAAUGCCAUUGAAGAUUUCAAGCACCCAAUGGGUACCUGUUUUAUAUGUGCAAGCAGAUACAGUAUUGGUUUUUUCUCCCCCACAAUUUUGACAUAGUUUUAGAUUUUUAACCCUUACUCGUAUAGUCGAUCUCUUCAAGACACUAAGUAGAUUCUUUCUAUUUUAUAGCUCCUGUUAGCAUGUUAUACAUUUUCUGUUAAAUAUGAGAGAAAUUAUGUAUUUGUUAAAUGAAAUGAAGCAGCGGUGUCUAAA